GCGCGCGGCUGGCGGACCCUCCGGGCGGGGGGCCUCCGCGCCAUGCCCAGCGAGGGCGGGCGCCGGGCAUCGCCCAGCGCAGGCACGAAGACCCACGAGACCAACGAUGCGGGCGAGGACAUCGUCACGAUCGAGCCGACGGAGUCCGUCUAUGCAUCGCUGCCCGUCCAGGGCGCGACUGCCUCGGACGUGCAGGUGUGA